AUGCUACAUAACUUCCAGUUCAAAACAAAAAGAUCAGAACCUAGAGAGUACCUAGUUACUUACGCAGAUGAAACAUGCAACUGGUUGGUGAGAGCAUCUAUGUACAGAAAUCAAGAUUUAUUCAAGGUACGAAAAUGCAAUCCAAAUCACACUUGCUCUGUUGAAAUUGUUUUGGAAGACCAUAGGCAAGCAAAAAGCAUCGUAGUUGGGGAAUUAAUAAAGAAUAAGUACAAGUCAAUCAAAAGAAAUUACACUCCAAAUGACAUCAUGAAUGAUAUGAAUGAUGACUUCAGAGUAACUAUGGGAUACACAAAAGCAUGGAGAUCAAGAGAGAAAGCUUUGCGUCUAGGUUGGAGAUACUUGAGGCCUAUAAUUGUUGUUGAUGGAACUUUCUUGAAAAAUGCACAUGGUGGUACCCUAUUUUCAGCAUCAACGUUAGAUUCAAACAACAACAUUUUCAUGUUGGCUUUUGGAAUAGCAGACUCUAAAAAUGAUAACUCAUGGCUUUGGUUCUUCUCCAAAGUGAGAGACACCUAUGGAGAACCCGAAGGACUGGCUAUAGUUUCUGACAGACAUAUGAGCAUAGACAAUGCAGUACAUAUGAUGUACCCAAAUGCUUUCCAUGGAGCUUGCAUGUUUCACUUACUCAAUAAUUUGAAAGGCAAAUAUGGGAGCCAUGGAGAAGAGCUACAAAUGAAAUUCAUUGCAGCAGCAAAAGCAUACACAAAGACAAAAUGUGAACACUACAUGAGAGGCCUUGAUAGAAUUGAUAGACGCAUUAGGCCCUAUUUAGAAAAAGCCAAGUAUGAAACUUGGGCAAGAUCAUACUCACCAACAAAAAGAUACACCAUGAUGACAUCCAACAUCACAGAAUCACUCAACGUUGCACUAAAAGCUGCAAGAAAUCUCCCCAUUGAUAUCUUGGUUGAAUGCCUUAGAAGUUUGGUUCAAAAGUGUGUUUGGAACAACUCAAAUAAUGCAAAUGGAACAUUCACAAAAGUCUCUACAGCAAUAGAGAAUGAAUUGAGACAUGACAUUGUUUCAAAAAUGAAGUAUGAGGUCUUGUCUUUCAACACAAUAGAAUACCAAGUUCGUGAUCAAAAGGGGAUAAAUUUCACAGUAAAUAUACAUGAUAGAACAUGUACUUGCAAUAGGUUCCAAGAAGAUGAAAUACCUUGUGGCCAUGCAGUAACCGUCAUUGCAAGGAGAAACUUGAGUGUGUAUGAUUAUUGUGAAAAAUUCUACAUAACAGAAACGUUGAAAGCAUUGUAUCAAGAAAAUGUUCAUCAUUUGCCCCAUAAAGAUGAAUGGAAUCUCCCACAACACUUGGACAUAAUAGUGCUGCCUCCAAAUGCAACAAUCCCUACAGGAAGACCAAAAAAGAAAAGAAUAAGAUCAAGAGGGGAACAUAAAGUAAUAAUCACCUGUGGGAAAUGUGCGCAACCAGGACAUAACAGGAAGACUUGCAGGAAUCCUCCAUUUGAGAAGCCAAACAAACAGAAAAAGCCAAAGACAUAG